ACACACGUCUUGUGAAAAGCUUUAAGAAACGAGUAUCAACAUGUCAUGAUCUGCGCAGCUCCUCGAAAACAUGAAGUGGAUGGAGAGUUUUGGUGAACGAGGCGACGCUUUAAGUCAAGAAUGAGGAAAGGCGUAAGUAAGUGAACGAGCGCGCAGGGAACACAGACGACUCCUGUCAAGUCGCGUGCGCCACUCUCCAGCCAUGGGAACUCAUUCACACCGCCUAGUGAUACUCUGUCUCCUUUUCAUAUCGGCAUCCAAGGUUUUAAGUAACAUCUGCACGUCACAAGGAGUCACCACUUGUCGACAGUGCUUGGCGGUACACGCUACAUGUGCGUGGUGCUUUCAGGAGGAGUAUGGGCAGGGGGGAUCCGGUGCCUCCCGCUGUGACCUAAAGCAGAAUCUGAUAGAUGGAGGGUGCAGUCCAACAGCGGUGCAAUUUCCAUCCAGCACCCUGAAUAUUCAGAAGGACACACCGCUCAGCAACAAGGGCACCGUGGAUGAUGUCACUCAGAUAAGGCCUCAGGAACUUCAUAUUACACUAAGACCAGGAGACUCAAAGCGUUUCACCGUCUCAGUGAAACAGGUGGCGGAUUACCCAGUGGACCUCUACUAUCUGAUGGAUCUUUCAUAUUCAAUGAAGGAUGACUUGGCUCGCCUUCGCACCUUGGGCAAUGAGCUUGCCGCGACCAUGCGCCGCACCACAAGCAACCUAUACAUGGGGUUUGGAGCCUUUGUGGACAAGACCGUCUCCCCUUACAUGUACACCUAUCCUCAAGAGGCAGUGGACAACCCUUGCUCUGGAAUUGACAAGACAUGCCAGGCUCAAUUCGGGUUCAAGCAUGUGCUGUCACUGACAGAGACUGUGGCUCGCUUCACUGAGGAGGUGGAGAAACAGCGGGUGUCUAGAAAUAGAGAUGCUCCGGAGGGUGGCUUUGAUGCUAUCAUGCAGGCUGUGGUGUGCAAGGACAGGAUUGGCUGGCGUCCUGAUGCCUCCCACCUUUUGGUAUUCACCACUGAUGCCAAAACUCACAUUGCUCUGGAUGGGCGUUUCGCUGGAAUUGUCCAACCCAAUGAUGGAAAGUGUCACCUGGAUAACGAGAAUGUUUACAACAAAUCCAAUGUGCUGGAUUAUCCGUCCCUGGCACUCAUGACAGAGAAGAUGUCUGAAAACAAUAUUAAUCUAAUUUUUGCCGUGACCAACUAUGUGGUGCCACUUUACAAGGAGUACAGUGAGCUCAUUCCAGGCACAACUGUGGGACUGCUGUCCGAUGACUCUGGGAAUGUUAUUCAGCUCAUUGUGGAUGCUUAUGCUAGAAUCCGCUCAAAAGUGGAGCUGGAGCUACUGGGAGUUCCAGAAGAGUUGAAUCUCUCCUUCAAUGCCACUUGCCUAAAUGGAGAGGUCAUCCCUGGACUCAAGUACUGCUCUGGCCUCAAGAUUGGAGACACAGUGUCAUUCAAUGUGGAGGCUCAGCUGCGUAGCUGCCCCAAAGAGAAGAGCCACACUUUUACCAUCAAACCUCGUGGUUUCAAGGAUUCCUUAGAGGUCACUGUGGACUUUGCCUGUGACUGCGACUGCGAGUCAGACGCCAUCGCCGACAGUGUCCUCUGUAGCAACGGCAACGGGACCUACGAGUGUGGCGUGUGUCAGUGUCACGAGGGUCGCCUGGGCCCGAGAUGCGAGUGCUCUGUGGAAGACUACAAUCCAUCUCAUGAUGUCAACUGCAUACCGAAGCCAGGGAACUCCAUCUGCAGCGGCCGAGGGGUGUGUUUGUGCGGACAGUGCUCAUGCCAUGCGAAUGAGUUCGGUCAGGUUUGGGGAAAGUACUGCGAAUGUGACGACUUCAACUGCUUGCGCUUCAAAGGAGCCCUGUGCUCCGAUCAUGGUAAGUGUAGCUGUGGCUUCUGUCAGUGCGAGGCUGGCUGGAAAGGAGAAAACUGUAACUGCACCACACGCAUAGACACCUGCAUGUCCAGCUUCGGCAUGAUGUGCAGCGGCCGGGGGAACUGCCAGUGUGGGGUUUGUCAGUGCACUCAGCCUGGUGCCUACGGAGACACCUGUGAGAAAUGCCCCACUUGUCCUGAUUCCUGCACUAUAAAAAAACAGUGUGUUGAGUGUCAACACUUCAAGAGAGGACAGUACACCGAAGACAACAGCUGCAAUAUCAUCUGCAGGGAUGAAAUUAAAGUAGUGACUGAACUGGCUUUCCAUGAUAAAGAUGCAGUGAAUUGCUCAUACAAAGAUGAGAACGACUGCGUGGAGCACUUCCAGUAUUACGAAGAUGAAAGUGGAAAGUCCAUUCUGUAUGUGAUCAAAGAGCCAGAGUGUCCUCAGGGUCCAGACGUCCUGGUGGUGCUCUUGGCCGUGGCCGGAGCCAUUCUGCUGCUCGGUCUUGUUGGACUGCUCAUCUGGAAGCUGCUCGUCACCAUCCAUGAUCGCAGAGAGUUCGCCCGGUUUGAGGAGGAGAGAGCCAAAGCCAAAUGGGAUACGGCUAACAAUCCUUUGUACAAGGGAGCCACCUCCACCUUCACCAAUGUUGCGUACAGAGGCAACUAACAACUAAAUGCAAUGUGGAAAAACUCAGGGGUUAACGACAGAGAUGGAAUGUAGUCGCAGCUAAAUGGAUGGGAACAAGAUCCCACAACGGAGCUGGACACUCGGUAAUGCUGUCAACAACAUGCUGUUAUGAUCGCACAUACAAUAGAAACAAACUAAAACGUGUCAUGUAAUUCAGACGGUGGCCUGCUAUUAGGCUUUCUGUUUUUACAAUGUGUAGUUUUAGUAUUGUACUUGCUGAUAGGAGUUCAUUAACAGAAAUAACAGUUGUAGUUUGGGUCACAUUAAAAUCGGAAUAUAAAUCAUGACCUAAUAGUAAUGAGUCAGUAUAGACAAUACAAUUAUGAAGGGACUUUUUGAAGUCCUCUUCAGUGACCUCCACCAUGUGGGAUGUAUUAUUUAGACCUCAGCUGUGUUUUCUGAUGUUUCUAUUUCCUCUUUGAGAGUGCAGGGGUUUUAAUGUUCACUUUUCUCUCAAUUGAAGAGGGCAAUUCCAACUGAAUCAUGGGACAUUUUUUACUAUAGAAAUUGAAUAAAUCAUUAAAUUACGCUGAAGGGGUUGUCAUGUACUUGACCAAUUCCCUUUUUCUAAUAAGUAAUAAAGCUUGUAGUAAUAAUGGUGACAACAAUGCAGCACUCUGUGGAGUAUCGGUGAAAUGUAAAAAGGAGUAAAUCCACUUGACUUGGUUCAGGGCGAUCUUCCUGAUGUCUAUUAUUUUAUAAAUGCAUGUCAGCAAUGGUAAGUUAAUAAAUGCUUUGACAUGUUUCUUUUGUUUUUAUACUUGCACAAUUAACUGUUUUUGUGUUUGUUGGGCUUUUUUAUUGUUAAUUUUAAUUGUUAUAUCCUAUGAUGAUCACCACUGUGUUACUCUGAAAUAGUUAAUGUGUGUAUAUAAGCUGAUUUUAUUGCACAUCAAUUGAUGACAAACAAACUUUCUCUUUCAUAACCUCCAUUUGGGAGAAAAGAGGUGUAUUUUGGUUGUACAACUCGAAAGCUCUCUUAGGGACUGUCCUUCAAGCUUGUUACAUAGAAGUCUGUUUUGGGUUUUUUGCAACGCUUCUAAAAAGGCUUGGGGUUUAACUCCAGUUUGUUACACAGAGGGAAUGUAUAAAGAUGAAUUAUACCUGACCUCAACCAUGUUUGUGUGAUGCUUGACAUCUGGGUUCCUUUAACAAAUGUCAAAGCUGCUUUUAGCCUUCAUUAAGAUCAGACGUACAUUACAAAAGUUACUUAAGAUUCAUAUUUCAGAUCCAGAGCAAAAAGAAAUAGAAAAAUUAUGAAUCACAGUUUCAUUCAGAAACAAAUAGGUUUGCUUACUGGGCUCUACUGAGGUGACCUUGAGCACGGCACUGGACCCCCAAACUGCUCUGCAGGUGUCGUAUAGUACCAGCCCACUUUUCCUCAUCCUAGGAUGAGUUAAUGCAAAGACUGAAUCUCACUGUGUCCUGUGCUGUGUACAUGUGCACAUUUUGCAUUUAAAUUCAAUUCAAACAGUUUCACUAUGAUGUGUUGUAGUAUUAAAACUAAUGUCAGUGUGCAGAAGCGGAAAUGUUCCUGUCACAACUUAUCUACUAAACUGUAUCAACUCGUAAACAUAUUUCCUGUAGCACUGCCAAUGUUGUCAAAGGGGUAUUUCACUUGUCUUUUGUCUUUUUUUUCUUGUGUUUGGCCCUGCUCUGUUGUGUAAUCUAAUAGAUAUUGUUUGUCGCAAAGCUUUGCACUUCCCGUCACAUGCCACAAACUUUUUGUGUCACCAUGUCACUCAAUGUGUGUUUAAUGCAGUUAUGUUUUACACUGUUAAUUGGUACUUUAGUUACCCUUGAAAAUAAAAGCGUACGUUCAUCAUAA